AUGGCUCUGGUUGGCUACCAGCACCUUGUCACAGGACAGCUGCUGGGGCCGCUGAAACGCUCAACACGCUGUCUGACGCACCGUAAGUUCGAGCGACCCCUCCACAGUCGUUUCUUGGCUGUGAGCGUUGCGCGGAGCGCGUACGUGGCCGGGCCCUUUUUUCCAAACACUACCCCGCGCAUUCGUUCGUUCACGAGGCAGCACGCUACGCUGCAAAUGUCGCGCCCUGCGGACGCCUUUUCCGUGGCGCCCAUGAUGGACGUAACCGACAACCAUUUUCGCACGCUUUGUCGACUACUGAGCAAGCAUGCACUUCUUUACACUGAAAUGGUCGUUGACUCUACCCUUGUAUAUAAUGCUAGUAAUGCUGAUCACUGGCUCGCUUUCCAUCCCGCGCAACAGCCGAUUGUACUCCAGCUCGGGGGAAGCGAUCCACAAAAGAUGCGUGCUGCCGCCGAAAUCGCUGCCCCCUACGGCUAUAGCGCCAUUAACAUCAACUGCGGGUGUCCGUCUGAUAGGGUAGCGGGGCGUGGUUGCUUUGGGGCGGCACUCAUGAAAGAUGCGCCCGGGGUCGCUGCACUCUGCCGAGCGAUCGCGGAAGUAGUACCAGCCUCAACACCAAUAACCGUGAAGUGCCGCCUUGGUGUCGACGAUCUUGAUACGUAUUCGUUCGCUCGCGACUUUGUGCAAGUUGUGUCUGAAAAUGCACCCGUGCGACAUUUCAUUAUCCACGCACGAAAGGCGUACCUGAAGGGCCUCAGUCCAGCAGAAAACCGCACGGUACCACCGCUGCGGUACGAUCGAGUUUUGGCACUUGCGCGCGAUUUCCCUCAUCUGCAUUUCAGUAUAAAUGGUGGCAUACGUACCAUGCCCCAGGUGCGUCAUUUUCUUGACACCGAACAUCUAUAUGGUGUUAUGGUUGGGCGAGCAGUCAUGAAUCACCCGUGGGAAGCGCUUGCGGGCGUGGAUGCGGUCAUUUUCGGCGACGACUCAUGUGCGCAGCGAACACGCCGAGACGUACUGCAAGCUUACGGAGCCUACGUGGAUAAGCAACUGCAUGCGGCCUCUAUUUAUGGACAGGAAACGGAUGAGCGGGAAUCCUGCAGCCGCGGAUCGCAGUGGACGCCAAGCCUCCAUGUUCUUCUCAAACCGAUUCUGAACCUUUUCUGGGGUGUUCCGCGGAGCAAGGAAUGGCGGAAACGAGUUCAGCAAGCAACUGACGAACAGACUCGAAUCCGUCGCAACAGCUCCGUCAAAAGCAACUUUUCCUGGGAGACUUUUUUACCACAAGUUGCAGAAAGCACCCUGGACCCCUGGUACGUCAAUACCACCUGGAUGGCAAUGCAGUCGGAGUCGGAAACCGCUGCUCCAGAGGACUGCAACAACAACAGUGCUCAUAUCGAUAGUCCAGCGUCGACAGCGAUAACAAGCAUUGCAUACUGA